GCUUCCGCCCAUCGGCUUCACGUGUCGAGGUCGCCGCGGCCGCCAUCACCACUGUGGGCAGCCGCACUCGGCUGCCGCAGCAUCCCCCACUCGCACUCCGGGCCUCUAGCUUGCCCGGGUGGACCUGGCCUUGGCUCCUCCCCGCCGCGGCGGGCAUCCCUGUCGUCUCCCCGCCCCAUCAGGCUUUGGGGGUCGCGCAGGGAAGGACAUGGGUGACCGGAAGUGGAAGCUGUGAGCGCUCACGGUGCGCUGCCCGAGGCCUGAAGCGCCGUCGAGGCAGGCGCGACGCACGCAUGGAGAACGCUGGGCCACGGGCUGUGCACCGACGGCUAACCCGGACGCACGGGUUCCGCGGGGCGGGAGUUUUACAGAACCGACUGGCCUCCCGGGGCGCAAGAACAUGAGGCUAGGCUAGGAGCCGGCCGCAGACGAGGCGCGAGGAGCGCGGGCCUGCCCGGGUCGCCAGUGAACGGCGCCGAGCCCCGGGACUCGCCUGCCAUUGUCGGCAGCGGCAUGGUCUUCUAUCUGGAGAACAAGGAGCCUCGCCGCCCUCUGCCAAGCGCCAUGGUCCACAUCCAGGCCUCGGAAGUCCAGCAGCUGCUACACAACAAGUUCGUCGUCAUCUUGGGGGACUCCAUCCAGCGGGCUGUGUACAAGGACCUGGUACUUCUGCUCCAGAAAGACUCACUGCUCACAGCAGCCCAGCUAAAAGCCAAGGGGGAGCUGAGCUUUGAACAGGACCAGCUGGUGGCUGGGGGCCAGUUGGGCGAGCUGCACAACGGAACACAGUACCGCGAGGUCCGCCAGUUCUGCUCCGGGUCUGGCCACCAUCUUGUGCGCUUCUACUUCCUCACCCGCGUUUACUCGGAGUACCUGGAGGACGUCCUGGAGGAGCUGACAUAUGGGCCCACCCCGGACCUGGUGAUCAUCAACUCCUGCCUCUGGGAUCUUUCCAGGUACGGCCGCUGUCCCAUGGAGAGCUACCGGGAGAACCUAGAGCGGGUGUUCGUGCGCAUGGACCAGGUGUUGCCAGACUCCUGCCUGCUUGUGUGGAACAUGGCGAUGCCUCUGGGAGAACGUGUCACUGGGGGCUUCCUUCUGCCAGAGCUCCAGUCUCUGGCAGCCACUCUGCGGCGGGAUGUAGUUGAAGGGAACUUCUAUAGUGCCACAUUGGCCAGGGACCACUGCUUCGAUGUCCUGGACCUCCACUUUCAUUUCCGGCAUGCAGUACAGCACCGUCACUGGGACGGUGUCCACUGGGACCAACAUGCCCACCGCCACCUCUCACACCUGCUUCUGAGCCAUGUGGCUGACGCCUGGGGUGUGGAGCUGCCCAAGCGAGACCAUCGCCCUGACCCGUGGAUUGAGGACUGGCCAGAGGCGGAUCAUUCGUUCCAGGGAGUCCAUAGGCAGCCCCCAGACUUCGGGGAGCAGCUGGCCUUGCACCCACCCCUGCCCUCUCCCUUGCCCCCACCCAUACCCUAUCCCUACCCCCUUCCUCAGCCUUCACCACCUCCCUUGUUCCCACCACUGCCCCAGGAUGCCCCUUUUUUCCCAGGCCAGCCCUUCCCACCCCAUGAAUUCUUCAAUUAUAAUCCAGUGGAGGACUUCUCGAUGCCACCCCACUUAGGAUGUGGCCCUGGAGUGAACUUUGUGCCUGGUCCGCUGCCACCUCCAGUCCCUGGCCCUGUCCCUCAUGGUCAACACCGGGGCCCAGUGGUCCACCGGGGGAUGCCACGCUGUAUUCCCAGUGGCCCCUACCCUGUGCCAAGGAUGGGAGGGCCCUGCAGGCAACGGCUCAGGCACUCAGACAGACUGAUCCAGACAUACAAACUGGAUGGACGGCCUCCUCCUCAUUCAGGGACAUGGCCUGGGUAGACUGGAAUUGGGGCUGGGUUUUCCAGUGGCCUUUCAGGACCUGCCUGCCACCCUAGGAACUGGGCCAGGGUCUCCACUAUGCCCCAGUGUUUUUCUGUCUAUUGCUGUCACCAAUAAAGGCUUGGAAGAACAGAGUGACA